CGGUUUGUGUGUGUGUUUUCAUUCCAGUAUGGCGGCGUUUGUUGCGGAGGAGGAGAAGAACUUUCUUUAAAUUGUCCCUCAUAUAACUCGGAUAAUCUGGAGCACUUUAUCUACUUUGGUUGGGUUUUCGUUUGGACCGUGGGGGACUUGAGUGAGAAGUCGGAUACUAACCCGAGUUUUGUGUGAAAACGAGGAGAAGUUAAAAAAAACAAACGCUGCUUGCUCGCGCGACGAAGAGUCGACUCGGAGUCAAUUUAGCACAGGUUGCUAAGCUAGCGCUAAAGCAAUCCGUCGGCUAGCGGAGCUAACAGGGCUGCGCAGAGUCGGAUUAGGAGUGAGGGUCUGAAGGAGAAAAGCUGAGGAAACACCGCAGGUACAUUUGUUAGGGAUUCAGAAAGGACAGGACACACCAAUUAAAGCUGAACAUUUUCUACCUCUAUUUAAUCAAGCCGUAGUUGUGUUAGCGCGCUCGUGCACUUAGCUAACUAACAUGCAGACCGAACAAUUCAUUCUAUACGUCUGGCCUGGUUGAGAAAACAACCCCUGGUUUCAGAUUUACGUUUAGAAUCUGCUUGGUGUUUUAGAAUGUCUCGUCUGAAUAGCUAGGUCGUGAUAGUAACCUCAUUUGGCCUUUAGUCACAUUUGUGAAUCAUUUUCAACGCGAACCGACUCCUGAACCGAGCCAACAGGUUACCCAGCGCGAGCGAGACAUCACCCAUUUGUAAAGGCUAUCCUCGUGUUUUUUAAAGGGUUAAUGCUGGGAAUUUUUUGAUGUAAGGGAUGUGUAAGGAUCGUGCUCCUCUCCUGAGUUAGAUUAGAUUAAUGUUUCCAUGUUAAAAGGGCGAUGCGAAGUUUGGAGCUGCAGCAGUCUUGGGAUUUGGCUUGACAUCAUGGUGGAUUUUGAAGUCGGGAUUGCGAGAAGAAGGAGGAGGCUCGUAGAGGACAUUAUGUAGUCGGUUUGUUUCUAAACGCCGCCUGUUUGUUUUCUGCAGUUGUUUUUGUUUUGUUUUUUAUGCACAUUUAAAUGGGAUCCGCGAGCAAAACGCGACGUCGGCUCCUUUAUUCUUAAAAAAUAAGACAGGAAAAUCAGAAGGUGUCACUCUGGAUCAAGAAGCCCUGCCUUUCUCCUCUGGUUGGAGUAAUACACUCAAGCCGUCAUCAAUGCCUUCGGCGCUGGCCGUGUUCACCUGCCGCCCGAACUCGCACCCGUUUCAGGAGCGCCACGUCUACCUGGACGAACCGGUGAAGAUCGGGCGCUCAGUCGCGCGCUGCCGCCCUGCCCAGAACAACGCCACCUUCGACUGCAAGGUGCUCUCCAGGAACCAUGCCCUCGUCUGGUUCGACCACAAGACCGGCAAGUUUUAUCUCCAGGACACCAAGAGCAGCAAUGGCACCUUCAUCAACAGCCAGCGUCUGAGCCGGGGCUCCGAGGAGAGUCCCCCGUGCGAGGUGCUCUCCGGUGACAUCAUCCAGUUUGGAGUGGAUGUGACGGAGAACACACGCAAAGUCACUCAUGGCUGUAUAGUGUCGUCCAUCAAACUCUUCCUUCCAGAUGGCAUGGAAGCUCGACGACGAUCAGAUGUCAUUCAAACACCACUACCACUACCCGUUGAUAAGGUUGCCGCAAAUACGCCCAGUAUGUACUCUCAGGAACUGUUUCAGCUCUCCCAGUACCUGCAGGAGGCCUUACACAGGGAGCAGAUGCUGGAGCAGAAGUUAGCCACGCUGCAGAGGCUCCUGGCCAGCACACAGGAGGCCUCGGAGAGCAGCUGGCAGGCUUUAAUUGAUGAAGACCGGUUACUCUCAAGAUUGGAGGUGAUGGGGAACCAGUUGCAGGCGUAUUCCAAAAACCAAACGGAGGAUGGUAUCCGAAAGGAGCUCGUAGCCUUAACAGAGGACAAACUAAAUUAUGAGACUACAGCCAAAGAGUCCCUGAGGCGGGUCCUUCAGGAGAAAAUCGAGGUGGUUAGGAAGCUGUCCGAAGUGGAGCGGACUCUCAGUAACACAGAAGAUGAAUGUACGCACCUGAAGGAGAUGAACGAGAGAACUCAGGAGGAGCUCCGAGAGCUGGCUAACAAAUACAAUGGAGCUGUGAACGAGAUUAAAGAUCUCACCGACAAGAUCAAGCUGGCUGAAGGUAAGCAGGAGGAGCUCACACAGAAAGGGCAGAACGAGAAGAAGGAGCUGCAGCUGCGAAUCGAGGAGAUGGAAGAGAAAGAGCAAGCACUUCAAGCUCGCAUCGAGGCACUACAGGCAGACAACGACUUCACCAACGAGAGGCUCACAGCUCUGCAAGUCCGGUUAGAGCAACUACAGGAGAAAAGCAUAAAGGAAAACAACAGUUUAGACCACUUUCUUUUAAAGAGUGGAGGGGACUGCACUUUAAUCCAACAGUUCAUUGAGUGCCAGCCCGUGAAGCAGCUAAAAGGAGCCGUGGAUUCUUCCAUCCACAAGCUGUCCAACUUUGACGAAGUUAUAGAUGCCCAUCUUCAGAACAAUCAAACACCAGAUGACAACAGUUUCACCAGUCCAGAGAAACUUAAAGUGGUGUCUUCCAACCUGCCCACAGAAAAUCAGAUAGAUGCUAAAGAGUCUGAUAUGUCAGACACACUGAGCCCCAGCAAGGACAAAAGCAGCGACGAUACUUCAGACGGACAAAUGGAUGAACAGGAGCUGAACGAGCCACAAAACAGGGUCGCCCUGAUUAAAGAUGAGCUGCAGAGGGCCAACCUGGAGCCUGGAGACACGGAGCAGGUCAUCCACAAGCUGCAUAGCGAGCUACUGGAGGCACAGGAGCUGGCCAACACUGGCAAGCAGAAAUGUCUCGAGCUACAAGCUCUGCUUGAAGAGGAACGGAGAACCAACAGGCAGCAGACGGAGGAAUCGUCUAAACAGAUUCAGUACCUUCAGAGUCAGCUCGCCAAGCUGCAGUCAGACAUGGAGGCCCUGCGCGAGCAGAGAGAGAACACCAUCUCCAACACCCGGGACGAACUCUACAGCGCCCAGGAGGAGGUGCUCGUGCUCCGCCACGCCAUGGAGGCGGCUACGGCAGAGAGGGAGCGUGACAUCGCCGCUCUGCAGGCGGACCUGACCGCCGUCACUGCCGAACUCGACAAGUGGAGGAAAGCGGCGUCCAAGUACGAGCUGGAGAUCAGCACCUUGCAGGAGAACUUCAAGCUGCAGAGCCAGCACCAGGAGCGAGCCUUGCAGCUACAAGGCGAGCUUGAGAAGUUGCAGGCCGAGUGCUCGACCCUGCACAGAGAGUGUGAGGCUCUGCGCUCGGAGAAAGUGGCUCUACUGGAGAAACUGCACAGGCUGGAGAUGGAGCUCAGCAGGUCAGUCUCCAGAGAGCAGAGCGCCACUUUGAGCAGCAGCCUGAAUGCUCUGGAGAAGAGUCAGGGUGACCUGGAGAACAAACUGGGUUCCAUUCAGAGCCAGCACCAGCAGGACGCCAGCAGGCUGAAGGUGGAGCUCGCCCAGGCCGAGAACCGCACCAAGAACCUGCAGAAAGAGUAUGAGGAUACUCAGACCCAGCUGUCAGACCUGCGGCAGAGGUAUGAGCAGACAGAGCAGGAGAAGCGCUCCAUUAAUGACGAGCUGGAGCAGUGCAAGGUCAAUCUGAAGCUGCUGCAGGAGCAGGGCAAGAAUCCAUCCAUAUUGCAGCCUGUCCAAGCCAUUUUCAUCGGCCUUAUCCUGGCUUUGCUGUAUUGGUGCUUCGGCCAAAUGUGGUAGAAAGAGCGGUUGGAUGCCCUGGAUGCCGGUGGUCGCCGUCAUGGUCGCCGUGACGGCCAUAGUGCUGUAUCCCAGCCUGUCCAAGAGCUCCUCCUGAGGCAGAUAACCAAUCCCAAACGCAGCAUGGCUCACUCCGUCACCCCAAUGUCGUGUUUUAAUCCCGAGGUCAGGCCUGUUCCAGACUCAUUACCUCCGAACGUGAGAAUGCAACUCCAGGGUGUCCGGUCCGGUGUGUGACUGUAUAAAAUGCAAAUGUACAUAUUCUAGAAAAAGAGGGGGUCUGUUAUAGAUGAAAUAAAAUAUAUAUGCUUUCAGUUAGAUGGGAAUCUUGAUCAUUAAAGUGGCCUAAACUAGGCUUUUUUUUUUCUUUUCUUUUUUUUCCCCUCUCUCUCUCUUCCUUCCUCAUGGGUACCAAACGUUUUCUGUUCACGUUUAUGUGUGGUUUGCCAUGUUAGAUGUUUAAUGUGGUAUUCCGAAUAGAUGCAAAAGCCAAAUUAUAUCUAUCUUAAAAGAUUGGGCACAAAAGAGGUGAAGUGCCUGAUUUUAACUUACUACUAGAUAAGUGUAAACACUUAUAUACACACACACACACACACACACGGAUACAUUUUUCGUCCUCAGUGAAGUGCCACUCACGCUCCACUAACGUGGUGCUUCAUUCGGUUGAGACGUCUGGACACCGCUCAGUCCCGUGUGCCGUGAUUGUGCGUUCCAGCCGAGCCGUCACGCCGACGAGCAGCACAGUGUACUCUAGCAUAGUUUCUUCGUAUCGUGUACUUUAAAAAAAAAAAAAAAAAAAAAGGAAAUCUUCACGUGAGAGACACUACAGGACUUUUUCUAAUUCAAAUCCCUUAGAGAUGUAGAGACUCAACGUCAGUGUGUGAGAUCAUGAACAUUGACUUGGGUAUAUUGUAGCUUUUAAGAACACACUGUCCUGCCAUCGGGAUUUGGUGGGACUCUUUAUCUCCCCCCCCUCUCUCUCUCCUUCUUUCUCUCUGUCUGUUUGGAAGAUUCAGGCUCGUCAUUGAACGCUGCAGUUCCUUAAUCAACAUAUUCACAGUACCUCCUGAGCAAGGCUCUGGGAUCUCGCUGCCUUAUCUGUAUCAUGGAGAUCGAGCUCUUUUAGAACGAAUUUGGUUUUAAAUUAAAAUCUCUAAAUUGUCGAGGGGGUUUGCGUUGUCUACUUAAUUGAAGCACAGUAAUCGAGUGGAUUUCUUUAUGGUGUAAUUAACGGGUUAAUGGGAUCGAAUGACCGGUCAGUGUGUGUGUGUGCGCCGGAGAGAAAUAACCUAUGAUUUCUAUGGUGGUUGGUUCACUUAUUUUUUUAUAUAUAUAUUUUUUUUUUUUCUCUGUCUGCUGCGCUGUAAAUAAAAUUCUCGGCCAUGAAGCAAAUGGCCUAACGUUCCACCUUGUCAAUAAAUGUCCUUUUCUCAUUUUAUUUGAUUUGUCGAAAACUAAACUAAACAUCUAUGGGAAUACAAUUUAAAACAAUGCAAAGCAUGGUGUAGCACAGAGAGGUUCACUCUGAAAGUUUUCCCCCCAAAGCUUCGAAAGUCGUCUUCGAGAAACGGCUUUGUUUUUUUGUUUUUUUAAAGUUUAUCAUCAGACAUUAAAAGCUCUUCCUUCACACACACACACACACACACACACACACACACAUCUAAGGCACGAUAAGAACAUCAAGACCUUGGCAUUGUUUGUAAAUAUGUAUGUACGAAUGUAUGUGUGUAAAUGUAUAUAAUAUUCACAAAAUAAAGUUGAACAUCAGUGGCACUGAUCACGUCAAA